AUGGUCCCUGUUUCCAGAACCGAUGGUGCCACUGGUACCCACUUGCUGUCUGCUAAAGUUCGUAAAACUAUUCAAUCCAUUAAAGAAAUCGUCGGGAAUCAUUCUGAGGCUGAUAUCUAUGUUGCCCUUAAAGAGACUAACAUGGAUCCUAAUGAAACUACUCAGAAAUUGCUUAACCAAGAUCCAUUCCAUGAGGUGAAGAGAAGGAGGGAUCGAAAGAAAGAGAAUCAAAAUGUUGGGAACAGGGGAUCGGGUGGUCAGCCAAGGAGGCAUUCUGACAAUGGUGGUCAAAGAGGCCAAUUCCACAAUCAUUCGGAGCAUAAUGUUGGGAAUAGGGGUUCGGCUGAAUCCGAGAGGCAUUCUGAUAAUGGUGGUCAAAGAGCCCAAUUCCACAACCAUGCUGAACAUAAUGUUGGGAAUAGGGAUUUGGGUGAAUCGGAGAGGCAUUCUAACAAUGGUGGUCAAAAAGCCCAAUUCCACAACAAUGCGGAACAUAAUGUAGGGAGUAAGGGUCCGGGUGAACCGGAGAGGCGUUCUAACAAUGGCGGUCAAAGAGCCCAAUUUCACAACCAUUUGGAACAUAAUGUUGGGAAUAGGGGUUCGGGUGAACCGGAGAGGCAUUCUGACAAUGGUGGUCAAAGAGCGCAGUUCCGCAAUCAUUCGGAACAUAAUGCUGGGAACAGGGGUCAGCCAAGGAGGCAUUCUGAAAAUGGUGCUCAAAGAGGAGUGCAAUUCAACAACCCCGCUGACCAUAUUGUUGGGAACAGGGAGUCUGGUGAACCAAAGAGGCAUUCCGAGAAUGGUGGUCAAGGAGUGCAAUUGAACAACCCUUCGGAACAUAACCUUGACAACAAGGGUUCCGGUGAACCAAGAAGGCAGCCUGAAAAUGGUGGUCAAGGAAUGCAUUUCCAUGAACAUAGAGGUCGAAGGGCAAACUAUUCUCGAAAUCCUUUACCAAGCCUCAGCAGAGAGUUCCGUGUAGUCAGAGACAACCGGGUAACCCAUAUAAAUAAAGAUAAAGAAGUAAAGCCUCCUUCACAACAACAUUCAACAUCAACCACUGAGAAAUUACCUGGAAACACUUCUGAAAAGGGCUCGUCAGCAGCUUCUAUUAAUCAAAAGCCCUCUGGUGCUAGAAAUCAUCAGGCUGUAAACGGUCCUUCUGAUUCACAUACUAGGCAGUCAAAAGAUGCCCCUAGGGCUACAAAUGUCAGUGACAAAAAAAUUACACCCGAGAACAUUCAAGGCACGGUGUCAAAUGCAUCAGCACGGACGCAACCAAUUAAGCCUAACAACAUCCAUCAAAAUUCUUCAGCAACGGCUUCAACCAGUUCUGUAGUUGGAGUAUAUUCCUCUUCUACUGAUCCAGUUCAUGUGCCCUCCCCCGAUUCCAGAUCAUCGGGAGCAAUUAGGCGUGAAGUUGGGGUUGUUGGUGUUCGAAGACAGUCUUCUGAUCACAAAGGGAAACAGUUGUUUCCUCCCAGUAGUUCUCAUGCUAAUAAUUCUGUUGUUGGAAAAGAUGGUACAUCUUCAGAUUCAUUUCAAUCCGCAGGCACUGUCCAAAAGACUGAACAUCUUAGUCAAACUUCUGUAACUGAGCCCUCAUUCCCUGGUAUGUCUGUUAGCAGACCAUCCUUGAACAAUCCGCAUAAUAGUAGGCCACAUCAACAAGUUGUCGGACAUCAAAGAGUCUCCCACUCCCAGCAUAAUAAAGAGUGGAAGCCUAAAUCAAGCCAGAAGACAAACAACAAUGGUCCUGGAGUGAUUGGAACACCCAAACUAACAAUUUCAUCUCCAGCGGAAAAUUCUAAAGUUAUAGAAUCGGAUACAACACAACUUCAGGGUACACUUUCACAAUUGAAUGUAUACGAGAACCAAAAUGUGAUCAUAGCACAGCAUAUUCGUGUCCCAGAGACUGAUCGCCGCCGGCUGACCUUUGGUACUGUCGGGGUUGCAACAGAACUUGACUCUUUGAUGCUUCAACCUCAGUUUCAAGUAAUAGGAGCUACUGAGAAGUCAACUGGAGAAUUGACUACAAGCUUGACUGCCCCCGCGUCAGAGUCAUCCACCGAUGAUGUUUCUGGGAGCAAGCAGGUGAAUUUAAGUGAUGACCAUGUUAGAAGUUCUGAGUCCGAAUCUCCAGCCUCUGGUGUUGCUUCUGAGCAACAGUUGCCUGAUAACAAAGAAUCCUCAAGCUCUCAGAAUCUAGACAACUAUGCCAAUGUUGGAUUAGUACAUGAUACAAGUCCGUCCUAUGCACCGUCACAGUCACGGCAGCAAGAUUCUCACGAUAUGCCUGGCUUUUCAGCUUACGACCCUCCCACUGGUUACGAUAUUCCUUAUUUUAGACCUAACAUGGAUGAAACUGUACGCGCACAGGUUCUUUCACCACAUCAGGAGGUUUUGAACUCCCAUGCUGCAAACAAUGUUCCCACAUCCACGAUUGCCAUGGUGCAACAACAGCAACAACAACAUCAAGUUGCACAGAUGUAUCCUCAAGUUCAUCUUUCACAUUAUGCUAAUCUUAUGCCCUAUCGUCAAUUUCUAUCUCCAGUCUAUGUACCACCCAUGGCUGUGCCGGGAUACUCAAACAGUGCUCCCUAUCCUCAUCCUACGAAUGGAAACAGUUAUGUAUUGAUGCCGGGAGGCGGUUCCCAUCUUAAUGCCAAUAACCUUAAAUACGGAGUUCAACAGUUCAAGCCUGUUCCUGCUGGAAAUCCUACAGGGUUUGGAAACUUUGCUAACCCAGCUGGGUAUGCCAUGUUAGCUCCUGGCGUGGUUGGUGGUGCGUCGGGUCUAGAUGAUUCAUCUCGAGUCAAGUACAAAGAUAAUCUCUAUGUCCCAAAUCCUCAGGGGGAGACAUCAGAAGUAUGGUUACAAAAUCCAAGGGAUCUUUCAGGCAUGCAAUCAACUCAAUACUAUAACUUGCCAGGACAAUCACCACAUGCGGCUCCAUUCAUGCCAUCCCACACCGGUCACGCUAACUUCAAUGCAGCUGCAGCUCAGUCAUCUCACAUGCAGUUCCCUGGUAUGUAUCAUACACCUCCACAACAAGCUGCAAUGGCGAAUCCUCAUCAUUUAGGACCAGCAAUGGGAAACAAUGUCGGAGUUGCUGCAGCUGCUCCUGGAGGAGCACAGGUUGGUGCAUAUCAGCAACCUCAACUGGGUCACCUCAACUGGACAACAAAUUUCUAA